AUGGAUCCCCUGCGUAAUAUCGACCUCGAGGAGAAUCGGCGUUUGAUGAGAGAAGGGCAAUUGUACUAUGCCUUUACCCCAGAUCUCGUGGCGGAUCGCAAAAGAUGCCGGCUGGCUUGCGAAGCUUACAACCGAGCUGGCGACGUAUCACGCCGAAGAUUAGUUGAGCUCUUCAAAUUAAUCCAGGAUGAUAAGACUCCUUUGCCUCCCGUUGCAGCAACUCCCGAAGAGGACGAGGACCUUUUCGGUGAACAAGUGUGGUGCGAUGCGCCCAUCAAGAUGGACUACGGCCAUAACGUCAAAUUCGGUGACAACGUUUAUGUCAAUAGCGGCAGUACUUGGAUCGAUACGUGCUUGAUCAGCGUUGGGGCCCGCACCUUGAUCGGUCCAAAUUGCUCGUUCUACUCAGGUACGCACCCGGUAGAUCCCACGAUUCGAAAUGGAACCAAAGGCCCCGAAACCGGCAAGCCAAUUACCGUUGGCGAGGACUGCUGGUUUGGAGGUAACUGUAUUGUUCUUCCAGGAGUGACCAUUGGCAAAGGUGUCGUCGUAGGAGCCGGCAGUGUAGUGACAAAAGAUGUCCCUCCGUACAACGUGGUGGCAGGCAAUCCGGCGCGAGUCUUGAGAAUUAUCGAGCCAUCAGCUGUGCCUCAUUCGCUUCCCGGAACUGCUGCACCUAAUUGA